CAUUUCCUACACAAAAAAUGCCGAAAAUAAAAAUAUACCGAUUGUAUAAGAAACCCUAAAAAUUUACGCAUCGUCAAGCCUUAAACCUCUCGCAGCCUCCUCUCCUCUCUAUUUUCUCUCUCUCUCCUCACAACUCCAGAAGCUGUGCCUGCGCUACCCUUAGAUCUCAUUUUUUCUAUCGGUAUCAACAUCAUGGCUCUGGUCUUGCAUACAGGACUCCCAAAUAAGAAUGCCUACAAGGCACUUAUUGCUGCAGAAUACACUGGUGUUAAAGUUGACGUCGUCAAAGAUUUUGAGAUGGGCGUUACCAACAAAUCGCCAGAGUUUCUUAAGAUGAACCCAAUCGGAAAGGUGCCAGUUCUGGAAACUCCUGAUGGUCCUGUAUUUGAGAGUAAUGCCAUAGCCAGAUAUGUUACAAAGCUGAACGCUGAUAAUACUCUCUUUGGCUCUUCACUUAUUGAAUAUGCCCUUGUUGAGCAGUGGAUUGACUUUGCAUCUACUGAGAUUGAUGCCAAUAUUGCACGUUGGUUAUACCCUAGACUUGGCUAUGGUGUUCAUCUUCCUCCGGCUGAGGAAGCUGCCAUUGCUGCACUGAAGAGGUCCCUGGAAGCAUUGAGCAAACAUCUUGUUUCCAACACUUAUCUGGUUGGAGACAGUGUGACAUUGGCUGAUAUUAUCAUGACCUGUAACUUGUUUUACGGAUUCAGCCGAAUCAUGACCAAGAGCUUUACUUCUGAAUUUCCUCACGUCGAAAGAUAUAUCUGGACCAUGGUCAAUCAGCCAAACUUCAAGAAGGUGUUGGGUGAUGUUAAACAAGCAGAGUCUGUUCCAGCUGUAGCAAAGAAGCCUACUCAGCCGACAAAGCCGAAGGCUAAGGAGGAGCCAAAGAAGGAGGUCAAGAAAGAGGCACCCAAGCCAGAAGCACCUGAAGAGGAGGAAGAAGCACCCAAGCCAAAGGCAAAGAAUCCACUUGAUCUUCUACCCCCUAGUAAGAUGGUACUGGAUGAGUGGAAGAGGCUCUACUCCAACACCAAAUCCAAUUUCCGUGAAGUUGCAAUCAAAGGAUUUUGGGAUAUGUAUGACCCAGAGGGCUACUCUCUGUGGUUCUGUGACUACAAGUACAAUGAUGAGAACACCGUCUCUUUUGUGACCAUGAACAAGGUAAGCGGUUUCCUGCAAAGAAUGGAUCUUGCUCGCAAGUAUGCCUUUGGCAAGAUGUUGCUGAUUGGAGCAGAACCCCCAUUCAAGAUCAAGGGUUUGUGGCUCUUCCGUGGACCAGAGAUCCCUCAAUUUGUGUUGGAUGAGUGCUACGACAUGGAACUCUACGAGUGGACAAAGGUGGACAUCAGUGAUGAGGCUCAGAAGGAACGUGUUAGUCAAAUGAUUGAAGAUUUCGAGCCUUUUGAGGGAGAAGCUCUACUCGACGCCAAAUGCUUUAAGUGAUUCAGUGGUGUGGUUGGUGCUAGGAGUCCUAUAGUUUCAGUGGUGUGGUUGGUGCUAGGAGUCCUAUAGUUUGGUGGUCCGCUUUGGUUCAUACUCGUUUCAUAUUUACUGCUACCUCCACCAAUUAAUUUUGUUUUAGAAGUCUUACUAUCGACUUUUUCUAGUAUUUGAUUUGGUUAUUUUUUUUUGGUUUUGCGGAAUCUUGUCAUCUAUUGACAACAAUAUAUCGAGUUCUUGAUGAGCUUACCAUGAGUAGAUCUUGAAAUGACAAAUUAUCAUAAUUGUGUGUUUAGUUUA